GAAUGAAUGCACUUCUGCUGGCUUCCUGGUUUGGUCAUCUAAAGAUACUACAAAUCCUUGUGAAUGCUGGGGCCAAGAUUAAAUGUGAUAAUAAGAAUGGAAUGAAUUUGCUUCAUUGUGCUGCUCAGAGAGGUCAUAUAAAGGUCUUGGAAUUUAUCAUGGAGGAUCUUGAAGAUGUCUGCAUUGAUAAAGUUGAUAAAAUGGGAAAAACUGCACUUCACCUAGCUGCAGAGCAAGGCCAGCUGGAGGUGGUUGAGUUUCUCAUUGGGUUUGGCUGCGAUCACAGCAUUAAAGAUAAGGAGGCGAACACAGCACUACACUUGGCUGCUCAGAAUGGACAUUCUGAGGUUUUGCAAAAGAUUGUGGAAACAGGAGUUGAUAUUAAUGAGAAAAACAAUGAAGGUCUGACGGCAUUACAUUUUGCUGCAAAUGGUGGCCAUGAUAGAUGUAUGAAGCUGCUAUUGGAGUCUUCUUGUGACAUUAAUGCUAUGACAAACAAGGACAUGUCUGCUCUACAUUAUGCUGCACUUAAUGGACAUGAAGAAAUAACAAAAAUACUUAUUGACCGGGGAAUUAACAUUGAUGCAGUUAAUAGUCAGCAUGCCACAGCAACUCACAUAUCUGUGCUGAACAAUUUUCCGGGGAUGGUUAAACUGCUAAUUGAUGCAGAAUGUGACCUUGAUAUAACUGACAAUCGGCAACAGACAGCACUGCAUAUAGCAGCUGAGAAUGGCAGACACGAAAUUGCAGAGGUUAUACUCAUAGCUGGCAUCAACUUGAAGCUAGUUGAUAAGCAAGGAAAAACAUCACUGGAGGUAGCAGCAAGAGGAAAUCAUGUAAAUCUUGUGGAUAUGAUUAUCAAAGCUGACAGAUUCUAUAAAUGGGAAAAUGAUAAUUCAAAUAGUGACUCGGAUUCAUGGGUUGCAAAACACUUAACAUUUAAACAAGAUCAUCGACUGGAGACUCAACACAUCCGCUCAGUAAUUUGGAGACUGGCAACCAAAUAUCUCAGGCUUAAUGAGUGGAAGAAAUUGGCACAUUACUGGAAGUUCACAGAGGCCCACAUCAGAGCAAUAGAGCAGCAGUGGACUGGUACAAAAAGUUAUAAAGAGCAUGGACAUCGAAUGCUGCUGAUCUGGCUGCAUGGGGUAGUCAUCACUGGUGAAAACCCAAUUAAAGGCUUGUAUGAAGGAUUAGUUGACAUUGGGAGGAGAGAUCUGGCAGAAAGCAUCAGAAGAAAAGCAAAUGCUGACUCAAACUCCCCUAAGAAAUGUAUAACCAUGUGAAAGUUCCAUCCAUUUGGCCAAGGCAAUGGACAUAAACUUAAAGACUUUGUAUUAUCCUUUCUGGUUGUUUGGUGGAGAAUGAAGGGAAAAAUCUUUUGUCUUAAACAAAAUCAACAUUCAGCAUAAUCUCGAAGAGAAUGAAGAAUCUCAAGUUUGAAGUUUUCUGACAAAGGGCUAAUGAAUCCUCCAUAAACCAAGAAGCCUUUCUUGCUAGUAGCGUUUAAAGCGGCAAACUGUGUGGUUCUGUUCAUUGACUGUUCAUUUUUAAACCGCUUCUUUAUUGGCUCAAAUUGUAGUCUUUUAUAUGCAGAUAUCCAACUCAUGUGAUUCCUCUUACACAAACAACAGCCCAGAAUGAACUGUGAAGACCAAUGUAAUGUAAUUUGAAAUAUGUUAUUUUCUUGGAAACUUUGAUGUACACACCAUGUAGCCUCUGACUUUUGUUGCCCAUAUUGAAAAUGGGCCUGGAUGUGACUGCCUGGACAUCUAAAAACCGAAACACUGUCUUUGCCGUAAUGCAGUAACUCACAGCAAAAACACCGUAUAUUGCAGAAAAUGGCUGUGAAUGCCGGUGCUAGAGUGGCGCCAGUACGCCACUGUUUCUCCUUGGUCAUUAUUGAUUUUCAUUUAAACUUAUUUUGUAAUCGGAUGUCAACACCAUCACUUAAUGUAAGCUUUUGCUUCAAGAAAACCUUUCACAAAUUAAAUGCUGGAUUUGUA